CGUCACUAUAAAAAAGAAUGCAGUCGCUACAGUGGGAUUAAUCAGAGAACUGAAAGCUAAACUUCUAUCUUUUAAUGUAUGUAAGCAAUGAAUGAUGGUCUGGAAUGUAUAUGUAGUUGAGCAAGAAAUAGAAGUGACCACACCGGCAACAGAUGACCAAUAUCAAGAACAAAUUCGAAGGGUGCAAGCAGAACAAGCUUAUUUGGUUGAUACUCUUGCAGACGUGCAUAUUGAAAAGAAACGAUUCCAUUAUGCUAUAGCAGAUCUUCAAAAGAUGCAUCAACAGACACGUGCAAACGCUGAAAUCGUUGAUCAGAUCAGAAUAGCAGUCAUUUAAAACGUUCAGUGACAGUUUACGAUACGGAAACAGCGGCCGAAAAUGGUUUAAAAAAACUGCAGAGACAAAAAACAAUAUCGAUGGUCAGUCUGCAGAUUAAAGCGAAUAAGAGCAAGCAUUCUCUCUGCAGUGAUUAGAACAGAAAUGGAAGCGUGGUAUCGCCUAAUGAAGGGUUACCUGCAACCACUCAGAGACUUCUAGUUCUCUGACAUGGCCAGAAAUUUGCCCGCAGCCAUGAGAUUGAGAAAAAGUGCCAUUAGCGGAACUUUGCGUUCAAGAGCGCAGAUACAUUACUGCUCAACCCCACGAAAAGCCAGUGAUGUUUGUAGGCGAUAGAGGAUAUGGAAUCGACUCAACUCUCAAACAUCAUCUUCGCUUUGGUGGUCCCCUGGAAGCCAAGAAGACUGUUUCAAAAAGGUCUUUCGAAAGCAACCAAAAAG